GUGAGUUGCCUCGUAAAAUUUUAGUGUUGUUGUCGCAAAAUUGAAUUAUUCCCAAUUUGGAAUAAGCGCACAAUCAAUUUACAGUAGAAAUUUAUGAUAAGAAAGUAUCUAUUAAUGGUUGUUUAUACAGAAAGUAAAAUUGUUAAUUCGAUGAUAUCAUCCGUUAAAGGGCUACUUGAAGGAUAGUUAUACGAUUUUAUAGGGCACAAAACUUGUUGUACCCAUGGAUAUAAUUCAACAUUCUUCAAAGACUUAUCCGGGUAAUGUUACUCUAUUAUAUACACUCCAUUCCCAGCACAAAUAGAGCCUUAUCUUUUAAAAACAAUCUGAAUUUGACAUAUAAAUAAAAUGGACUGUGGUCAGAGCGAUUUAAAACUAAAUAACAUGACUCAUUGUAGUUGGAAAAGUAUAUAAAUAGGGGAUAUUUCUCUUUGUUGAUCAGUUUCAAAAUAAAUAACUCAAACAGCAUAAUGGAGGGCUCUAAAAUGAUGUCAAAUGAAGAGGUUUUAACCUCAAAAUUACUUCAUAGAUCGUUAGGUCAUGCUCCCAAUGUUGUUGAAAGAGCACAGGGAGCUUACCUCUACUUACAGGAUGGUACCAAGGUCUUGGAUGGAUGUGGUGGAGCGGCUGUUAUUUCAGUUGGACAUUCCAAUCCUGAAGUUAUUAAGGCUGUUUCUGACCAAUUAAAUCGAGUUGCAUAUAUCCAUACUGGGGAUUAUACUACAAGUGUAUCGGAAGAGUUAGCAAAUAAAUUGAUAGAAAAGUAUGAAGGAAAGAUAUCAAAGGUUUACUUUGUCAACUCUGGUAGUGAAGCCAACGAAGCUGCUGUAAAAUUGGUUACUCAAUAUUUCUAUGAGCAAGGUAAAACAUCAAAAGUUCAUUUUAUUUCAAGAAAACAAUCGUAUCAUGGUAAUUGUCUUUCUGGAUUAUCUCUUUCAGGCCAUAAAGCUAGAAGAUUACCAUAUGAAAACAUCAUUAGUUCUCAAUUUCAUCAAGUUGGUCCUGCUUUUGAAUAUAGAUAUAAGUUGGAUGUUGAAACUAGUGAUGAAUAUGUCCAAAGAUUAGCCACUGAAUUAGAAAAUGAAAUCUUAGAAAUUGGACCUGAAAAUGUGGCAGCUUUCUUUGCUGAAACUGUUGUUGGAGCAACUACAGCUUGUGUUACAGCUCCAAAGGGUUAUUUUAAAGCAAUACAAAAAGUUUGUAAUAAGUAUGACGUUUUACUCGUGCUUGAUGAAAUCAUGUGUGGAUCAGGAAGAACAGGUACUUUCUUUGCUUGGGAACAAGAAGGAAUAGUGCCUGAUAUUACUACUGCUGGAAAAGCUCUUGGAGGUGGUUAUUCACCAUUGUCUGCAGUUUUCAUUUCUCCCAAAGUUAUUGAAGGUCUUCGAUCUGGUACUAGUAGUUUCAACAAUGGACAUACUUAUCAAUCAUUUGCUUUAUCCAGUGCUGCAGGUCUUGCAAUUCAAAGGAUUAUCGAGAGAGAUGGUUUAUUAAGCAAUGUACUUGAAAUGGGUGCCUACCUUGAAGAGAAACUUAAACAAGAAGUCUUGCCUCUUAAAAUUGUGGGUGAUAUCAGAGGUAGAGGAUUAUUCUGGGGAAUCGAAUUUGUCAAAGAUAAGAAAACUUUAGAAACCUUUGAUACUAGCCUUAAAGUUGGUUAUAAAAUUCAUGAUUUUAUUUGGAAUAGAGGUGUGGGGGUUUAUCCUGGUUUUGGAACAAAUGAUGGUUUUUCAGGUGAUCAUAUCCUAAUUGCCCCAUCGUUUGACGUUACUAAGGAACAAAUAGAUAUCAUUGUAGAUGCUGUAAGUAAGGGUAUAGCUGACUUUUUAUAAUUAGAAUUAUUUGAAUGCAAAUUUAAUAUGCAGGACUGUGUGAGAUUUUUUGCGUGUCUAAUUGAAGUAGAGUUGAACACCAUUUGACCUU